GUCUGAUUAUCUGCGUUGGUCUCGCUUUCGAGUGUCUGCUAUAGAUAUGAAUCGCAUUGUCGUGCCGUAGAAACCCGAACGUUCUUGCUUGUUCGGCGACGGUCCGAUCCAUACACACAGGCCUUCUUUCCUCAAGUCUGAUUCUGAUUCUGUUCACCUGACCUGCCUACCUCCUUCCUUCGCGAGCUGUGUCUACGUCAGACUUCAUCACCACAUCUCAAUCUUCAUCUCUCCAUCUCCAUUCUCCUGGUCUUUUCUCUUGUCGAGUCAAUGAUACACAUAGUCAAGCCGUGUGAACAAAAGACCCCUCCACGACCAAUGGCACGUCGGCUCUAACACUCACCAAACUCUGUUGGCGCAAGCGGACUCGCCCAACCCAUAUUACGGCCAUUCUUGGUAGUUGAAUGUGACUCAGUUGCACGCACCUAAUCACAUCUUCCCUUUGCAUGCAAUGGAUCAUUCUAUGAAUCUUAUCUCUGCACAAAUCGCUUUUGUGGAUUGCCAGCUUGCUCUCAUACACAUUCCAAUCGAGCUAUAUCCUUUCUGUUUGCAACCAAUCUUGCGUCUCCUUUUCGGAGAAGACCACGACCAAGAUGCUGCCAAAAUAUCUUGGACGAAUCGACACGACUUCCUGAAUAUUUCAAUUACUCCCAUUGAAUGUUCUAUCAUUUGCUCUCGAUAUCUGGCCGAUCGUCUGAUCCGUCCUGUGGCGGAUGUUCUCAACAAAGCUUUUGGGUUUAACAAAGCAUCCGGAGCAAAGUCCGAGGUCCAAAUCAGUGAUGAAGAUUACAUUGUCAUCCAAGUGGACGGGUCAGGCCUUGAAGCAGGCCAGAGAGUAUUGGAACUCACCUGUCCAUUGGCCAUGGCAGGAAUAAGCAUUUUCUUCAUCACCACAUACUUUUCCGACUACAUUCUAGUCCCAUCAAAAGCACGACGAACCGUGACAAAAGCUCUACAGCAACGAGGGUUCAUCUUUUCCCAAAGCGCCGAUGCAUUCGUUUCUCAACUGUCGCCAGCCUCGCCGCACCCAACCCAGAACCACGCCGGCAGAAUCACGUCACCAUUCUACUACGACAACCCAACUCCUACCACUCCUCCGGCACGAGACAUCCCCGAGCUUCAAGUCCGCACCUUUACCAAACUCAAACGUAACAACAUCACCCCACAAGUCGACCAAACAAUAUCCCUCGUCAGCUGUGCAGGAUCUCGUGAAUUCGAUGUUCAAACUGAGCAGCAACUGAAAAAUGACCUUCUCCAAGUCCUUCUUUCCACCACGAGCCUCGCCGCCCAGUCCCCGCCUUGGCCAAGUCAACGACCUGACAGGGAGAUAAGCCUCAACACAGACAUGGACAUUGAUCUCGAACCUCCAAACUUUGGCGCCAAGUUCCUGUCUUUGACCAUCACAUCCAGCGAACCGAUCUCGGUACUCCUAGAAGACCGACUCCUGCCACGAUUAGGCGAUUCAUUGCUAGGUGCCAAGUCCGAAGAAGACGCAUUGAUCCCAAUCAUUCUAGACCUGCGAGAUCUGCCUCUCGAGGCUACGGGUAUCGUGUGUGGGGUUGCGGGUCGGCUUGCCCAGGGUGCCAGUGAAGAAGGCGAACAAUCUCCUUAUCAUGAUGAACCCUCCACCAAACACAGUCUGACAUCAUCGUCAUUGAAUAACAACGGAAACGGUUUCGCUACCCGCACCAUCGACAUCUCCUUCUUGAGUACCGCUCGUGCUGGCACGGUCAUUGUGAAGGCAAGUCAGUUGGAAAAUGCGAUUGCCGCUCUUGAGUUUGGCAUGAAUAAGAUUGGCCAGGAAGAUUAAUCGCUUGGAAAAGAUCAGUCGCUGGCCGGCCAGGUAGGUGCAAGAGGAAUUGCAUUGGGGGUAUAAUUGCAUAUGACCGGCAGUUGCAUGAACGGAUUCACGGACCUAAAAAGAGGGGAGGGUGGUUGGCCGAUGCAGAGAUGUGUCCAGGCGACGAUUUGCAUCUCGAAGACAUGGUCCGGUAUGCAUGACAAAAAAAGGUGGGGUGUUGGAAAACAAAAUCUAGCGAGUUUAUCGUUUCUUUGGAUCU